GGAGUGAAGCUGGGCCGUGACAGCGGGAAGGUGACAACAGUGGUAGCCACCCUAGGCCAAGGUCCAGAGCGUUCCCAAGAGGUGGCUUACACAGACAUCAAAGUGAUUGGCAAUGGCUCAUUUGGGGUCGUGUAUCAGGCACGGCUGGCAGAGACCAGGGAACUGGUUGCCAUCAAGAAGGUUCUUCAGGACAAGAGAUUUAAGAAUCGAGAACUGCAGAUUAUGCGUAAGCUGGACCACUGCAAUAUUGUGAGGCUGAGAUAUUUUUUCUACUCCAGUGGGGAGAAGAAAGAUGAGCUUUACCUAAAUCUGGUGCUGGAAUAUGUGCCCGAAACAGUGUACCGGGUGGCCCGCCAUUUCACCAAGGCCAAGUUGACCAUCCCUAUCAUCUAUGUCAAGGUGUACAUGUACCAGCUCUUCCGGAGCUUGGCCUACAUCCACUCCCAGGGUGUGUGUCACCGUGACAUCAAGCCCCAGAACCUGCUGGUGGACCCUGACACUGCUGUUCUCAAGCUCUGCGAUUUUGGCAGUGCAAAGCAGUUGGUCCGGGGGGAGCCCAACGUCUCCUACAUCUGUUCUCGCUACUACCGGGCCCCAGAGCUCAUCUUUGGAGCCACUGAUUACACCUCAUCCAUCGAUGUGUGGUCAGCUGGCUGUGUACUGGCUGAGCUCCUCCUUGGCCAGCCCAUCUUCCCUGGGGACAGUGGGGUGGACCAGCUGGUGGAAAUCAUCAAGGUGCUGGGAACACCAACCCGGGAACAAAUCCGAGAGAUGAACCCCAACUACACGGAGUUCAAGUUCCCCCAGAUUAAAGCUCACCCUUGGACAAAGGUGUUCAAGUCUCGAACGCCGCCAGAGGCCAUCGCACUCUGCUCUAGCCUGCUGGAGUACACACCGUCCUCAAGGCUCUCCCCACUAGAGGCCUGCGCCCACAGCUUCUUUGAUGAACUGCGAUGUCUGGGAACCCAGCUUCCCAACAACCGCCCGCUUCCCCCGCUCUUCAAUUUCAGUCCUGGUGAACUCUCCAUCCAACCAUCUCUCAACGCCAUACUCAUCCCUCCUCACUUGAGGUCCCCAGCGGGCACUACCACCCUCACCCAGUCCUCACAAGCUUCAACUGAGACUCAGACCAGCUCAGACUGGCAGUCGCCCGAUGCCACACCUACCCUCACUAAUUCUUCCUGAGGGCCUCACCAACCACCGUUCCAC